AUGGUUUGCACGUCAGGUUUGAAGAAAAACAAGGAAGUCACAAGUGAAAACUUCAAGAAGAAUCUUCUGAAGAUGGACAUCGUUGCCCUUGUCGCCAUUCUCGUAGCCGCUGGUAUCCCAGCAUGCCUUGCUUCCCUGGGAGACAGAUCGUACAGUUUCCUGACCUGUCUUCAGACGUGUGAGAACGCAAAGUGCAGAGGACCCGGACUGGAGCGCUUCAACACAAACCAGCCCCGCUACAUGGGCCUCCUCGGGUGGGACUGUACAGAGGAAUGCAAGUACGAGUGCAUGUGGGACACGGUGCAGACUUUCCAGAGGGCUGGAAAAGACGUGCCGCAGUUUUAUGGGAAGUGGCCAUUUGUUAGAGUAUUGGGAGCACAGGAGCCUGCCUCUGUGGUGUUCUCUGUGCUGAACGGACUAGCCCAUCUCGUCAUGAUAGGGGUGUUCCGAUCAAGAGUGCCCAAAAAUGCACCCCUGUACUGGACAGUCAACGUGUAUGCUUUGAGAUGA